AUGCAGUUCCAGCAGAUGCAACGACCGAUGUAUCCAACUCUGGAAGGCUGGUACGGACAACCGGAUGGCAGCUGGAAGUACUGGAGUGGCCAUGCAUGGACGCUGGGACCAAUUACCCCAUGUGUGUCUCGAACUGCAAGGCCGGCUGAGCCGCAAGCUCCUCCGCCGAAGGCGGUAGUUGCAUCACAGGCAAAAGCCAAUCCGGAUGGUGGAGGUUCCGGCGGGACUUCAUCAACCCCGGUUCCACAAGUACAACCAAAGAAGAAGCAGAGGGAAGAGGAGGAGGAAGAGGCUGAGGUUGGCCCGGAGGAAUCGAGGCCAACGAAUGACCCGAUCGUUGAGCCUAGUGAGAGGAGCGCUUUAGCCCUCGGAGAGGCACGCCCGGCCGCAAGGCUAGAUCCGAAGCCCAAGGUGAACUUCACCUCAGCAGAAGGCUCUCCGGCAUCCGUCAAGACGGAAGGAAGUGCACGAGUUCAUCGGGUGAACUGGACCUUCCCUGUGUUCUCAGCUGACGGAUGGGAUCUCUUGGAGGCCUAUGACUCCCCUGAGGAAGAGGAGGAAGAACCUGAGGAGCCACAAGACAUGCUCCCGUUCUCGAGCGGGCCGCUCACCCCGGAGAAGGCCAAGGCCGACAAGGUGAAGAAGCAUCGGCUGGCUCUGAAGACUGUGCUGGAGGCACUGAUUGCUGAAGAGGAUGACGAGGAGAUUCAGCAACGACUCCGGAAGAAGGAGUACAAGGCAGCUCGGGAAGAGGAGACGCGGCUUCGGAAGGUCAAGGAGUCACCAAAGAAGCAUGCUCCGGAAUCCAGGCCCAUGGAGUUGGAUUUGAGCCCGAAGGAGCUUCUCCAAGUGCUGCCGCACAUGUCGCCAGUGGAGAAGCAGGCCUUGUGCAAAGCCCUGAAGCAGGAGGUUGAAGGAACAGCAGCUGACCACAUCCCGGAGUAUGACCAGGAGAAGUUGACUCGGCCGGGACAUCGCAAUGGAGGCUACACGUAUUCGAGCAAGCCCAAGCCGAAGCCCACAGCUGCAGGACCUUCAACAGCGACGGCAGCGUCGUCGAGUGCGGGAUCGCUUGGCGAGCCGCCGGCAUCCCAAUCGGAGUCCAAGCUGCCAGAUGCGGUCUAUGUGGAAGAUGACACCAUGCCGGAGAUCAUCGAUGGCCAUGAGGCCAUAGAGGGGGAAGAAGAGCGUGAUUUGGAAGAUGAUCUGGAGAUGGAGAUGGAACGGCAUGGCGGUGGAGAUGGUGAAGAGAGAGAACCGCCACUGGAUUCAGACCUGGAGGAGGAGCCAGAAGAGCAUCAGAGGCCAUAUGGGUUCAAUAAGACCCUCCACAUCGACGUGAAGUAUCUCUGGGACGCAAGGGGGAAGCGCUAUGCGGCUUUGAGCAUUCUGGACCUGGGCACUUGCAAGCAUGAUGCGCACAUGAUCAAGACCCGCAGGAGUGACUACGUGGCCUCCAAGUUCUUGCGCAAGUGGAUCCAGCCGUAUGGCAGCCCGGAGUUGAUCGUUCAUGAUCAAGGAGGAGAAUUCGAAGGAGCUUUUGUGGGUCUCUUGGAGCAGUUCAGUAUAAGUUCCAAGGUGACAGGAGCUCAUGCAGGAUGGCAGUUGGGCGUCGGCGAGCGCCAUGGAGACCUGCUGGGCCAGGCCCUUCACAGCGUGGUGGCAGAGCACACCGUUGAGGGCUACACGGCCAUGAAGGAGGCACUGGCAUGCUCCAAGGCCGUCAGUCGGCUGUUGAGACAGCGGGGCAUCCAUGCUCCACGCCUUUCAAGAAAACGGAAAUUGGAGCCGCAACCGGAAGCAAAGCCGGAGAAAGAAGAGGAGGUCGAUGAGGAGUACACUCCGACAGAAGCCCCAGUUCCUCCUGAAGACCCUGGUGAAGAGGUCAAGGAGGACGAACCGAUGGAUGCAGAAGAGCCGGUGGAGCGAGUUUUGGAGCCCCAUGAGAUCCCAGUACCAGCGGAUGACGAUGACUGGGAGGAUGAGACAUGGGAGGAAGCAGCUCGACAGGAGUGGCAGCAAGAAGAACCUGAACGCAGGAGGCAGCGCCUCAUGGAUGACGUGCCCAUCUCCAUCAAGCGGAAGUUGACGGAGGAUGAUGCAGGCCUGCCAAACAAGAAGCCCAGGAUCCAUGCUUCAUGGAUCGUACAGGCCAUGACUGCGGCAGCUGCCGGCGGACCAGACAACGAGUGGGUCUCCAGGCAGGAGCUUGAGACUUUAAAGAAACUGACUGGUCCACCCUUGAGCGCGGCGCGCAAACACAGGAAGCCCCGUAAGAGGCUGAUGAGGCCACCAAAGGCCAUUAGCAGGUCACGACUCUCCAUCCUCAUCGGGGAGGACCCCAUGGAUGCUUUCGUGGUGGACGAAGAUGAGAGCGAAGUGACGGCAGCUCCUAAGAGAAAGGUGGCCUUCUACUGGAAGGGGAUGACUAUGCUCUAUAAGAGGCGCGGAAGGAAGCCUCAAGCCACCUAUGUGCAACUGCCCACGGGAGUUUACAAAGCCUGCCUGGGGGCAAAGGACAGGCGAGAGUUCGAGCAGUUGUGGUUGGAGGAGCUGAAGGAUGUUUUGGUCAAUGAGGUGAUGAUCCUCAAGUUGAAACAAAAUGGGAAAGAGCUCGACCCGCGAUGGUUCAAUGAGCAGGAGAAGAAAGCCUUCGACCUCAGCGAUGCAAAAGAAUGGGAACAGUGGUUGAACAAUGAGGUCGUGCAGAAGGUGCAAGAGGACCAGCUAACCACUUGGGGAAGUGGAAGCUAUGAGCGGGACACCGUGAUCAAAGGCCUACGCCGGCUUGAGAAAGUCACAAAGGAAAAGUCCACCAAGGUGAUCUUCGACGAGUAUGACGCUCCUGAGGACCCCGAUUACACGUUCAUUGAGGAUGACGAAGGCACGUUCAUUUUUCUUUUGCCGCCGAAGCUAUGUUGGGUACGAACCGUGUUUCGAGUGAUCACCAUUUCCCCCGAAGCGAUCAUGGAGCAGCGCAAGCGCAGCCGCAUGGAGGUCGACGAAGCUGCGGAAGUGCGGCCCCAGGUGCUACUUCGUUGGCGCAAGAUGAUCAAGGGGGUUUUCCAGUUGCUGGUUCAGCUGGGCCGUAUCGUGCUCAACCCAGUCAGCGCGGAUCCACCGCCUCACACCUCGCCAGGAGGUGGUUAUGCUGUCAUUGCCGUCUCCUUUGUCGGAGUGGAUGCCGGCUCAAGGACCUCCUCAACAAGUAGGCAAGGCCAGCUCAUCCACUAUGACUAUCCCCUCGCCGAUGACACCGUCCCACAAUAUGACCAGGGUGGCCAUGCCUACAUUCAGUCCAAUGCCAUCAACUCCGGAGGCCAGGACGUGGAGUCCAUCAACUCCCCAGAGGAGGACGCAGGGAAGUUGCAGUGCAGCCAGUUGGAGUGUGAUCCCAGGCUCCCCGGGAAGCCAAGCAUCACUCGCCUCGCCUGGACCCAAUCCAAGGGACAUGAGACGCCUGUGUCAACUCCCAGCUCAAAGACUCACCGUGAAGAAAUCGGGACCCACGCAAGGUUCUACAACUGCCCCAGACAUCUAUGCAAAUACUUCGAGUGGGAUCCCAUCGAGGUGAAGGUGCUCCAAGAGCUGGACAACCCAGGCACCAUGAGGACGAUGCAGAGCCCUCCUCCACCAGGGACUCCGCCCGACGUUCAGGAGAAGAUCGAGUUGGAGAUGUGGAGGAAGAAGUUGCAGGAGCAGGAGAAGGAGCUCAGCGAGAAGCAGGCCAGCAUCGAGCAGCUGAGGCAACGCAGCGAGGAGAUCGCCGUGAAGACGCAGAUGGAAGGACAAGCUCUUCUGAUGCAGCAGCACCAGGCACAUCUCACCGAGACCCAGCAGCUACGAGACCAGCUGAUCUGGCUGUCGUGUGUGGCCGGGCCGGAGAGAUUAAAACAGGCCCGAACGGACCCAGACUUCCAUCAGGAGACUGUGAAUCAGGCCAAGGAGUACAAGAAGAUGUUCGAGGAACAGGGUGCGGGGCCAACCAACUGA